AUUGCAUGUAGAACAACUCGCAUACAUAUAUAUAAGCAAAACGCCAGUCCAAACGUAAAGUUUCGAAGCGGUGUUUUUGUUAUUAUUCCACAUUGUCAGUGAUGUGAUUCUAAUUUUAUAGAAUUGUUUCUCCUUUGCAACCGAAUAUCGGCGAAUAUUAACCAUUUCAAAUGGAUUUCACCCGUUUUAAGGUCGACAAUUGUCCACCUUCUGUGUUCUAUAUUCCAUCUUUUUUGAGCGAACAAGAGGAAGAAUCAAUACUGCGACAAAUUGAAAAUACACCGAAACCAAAAUGGACACAACUAUCCAAUCGACGAUUGAUAAAUUACGGCGGGGUACCACACAAAAAUGGCAUGAUCGCCGAAGAACUUCCAAAUUGGCUAAAAGACAAAGUAGCGGCUGUGAAUAAUAUCGGUAUUUUCAAUCAAGUGAAAGCAAAUCAUGUGCUUGUGAAUGAAUAUUUGCCGGGUCAGGGAAUAAUGGCACAUUCCGAUGGCCCAUUAUUCCAUCCGGUUAUCUGCACAAUCUCAUGUGGUUCGCAUACGAUUUUAAGAUUCCACGAAACCGACUCUCACGAUGCAGACAACGACGGCGGCGACGGCGACGGCGACAACAACCGCGAUACCGCAAUGAUUCCGACAAAUUGUGGUGACAUCACAAUCGAUCAACGAUGUAAGCUAAAACACGCCUGCCAGCUGCUCAUCGAACCGCGUAGUCUUUUGAUACUUAAAGAUGACAUGUACAAAAAGUAUUUACAUUCAAUUGCCAAUGAAACGCACGACAUAAUCACCCCGGAUCUAGCGAAUCUCGAGCAAUGUUGUGACGAACUAAAAAAUCGAGUUGGCGGAACCGUUGAACGCAAUCGGCGCAUAUCAUUAACUAUUCGACAUGUGCCAAAAACAAGUAGAAUUCAUUUAAGACUGGGUCACUGAGAUGUUAACAUAAGUUUUUUUUUGUCAAAAAAGAAGAAGAAGAAGAAGAAGAAGAAGAUGGAAAAAUAUAAACUCCGUGACGAAUCGCCAAAUCUUUGUCAUAAUCUCUGUUUGUAUAUCUAAUGUAUUUCGUUGAAAUGGAUCAGCUUGACUUUCUCGUCCGCCUAAUAGCAAAAAAAAACACUUUUGUCACUGUGCACACUGGGUAAUAUCGAACAAACAACCGAAAAAAAAUAAUUGCAAUGUCAUGUUCGUUGUUCGUAACCGAAAAUAUCAUACAUUUUUUCAACCCAGAUGAACAACAUCACUUGUUUCCAUACCGAUUUUAUAAUCAAUUCCCGAUUACCAAAUUAAAAAAUAAAGAAUUUAUUAAAUAAUCGGCAGCCAUAACAACAAAUAUUUUCCAAUGAUGUAAUAGCGAUGUGAUGAAAUUCACUUUUCCCAAAAAUUUUCUAAUAAAAAUUAUAAAAAUAUGUUAUCAAUUUUAUUGAAAUGUGCUUCGUGCAAA